UUCCUUCAGGAUGGACUGGUUGGAUCUCCUUGCAGUCCAAGGGACUCUCAAGUCUUCUCCAGCACCACAUUGCCUUUCCUAGGUUGGGGUCUGUGGAGCGCCCACUCCGAGGUGCAGCUGAUGGGCACAUCCAGAGCAGGGGGAGCAGGGGCUGCUCAGUCACCAACCCCCAUCCUGUGUGUGCCUGGCCCCAGUGCUCGACCUCUCUGGCGGCGGUUCCCAUGGUUUCCACGUCUGAGAAAGAAGACAGUGGGUGUAGACCUUCUUCAGGAUCCCUUUCCUGCUGAGCUCUUGUAUUUUGCCUGAUUGAGGGGCUGAGAGUUUCAGCUCCGGAGUUGGACACAUCUGCAAUUUGGAUCCCGGCUAUGUGUGGUUGAGCAAGUUACUUUGCCUCUCUGAGCUGCGGUAGUAAUGUAAACAUGAAGUAUGAUGGUUCUAUCUGGCAGCCUGGCCCAGUGAGUGCUCACGGACCCCAAGGCUAACAACAGCAGCGAUGACCCUGUCUCCUGAGGUGGGGCCGGAGCCCUGUCUGCCCUCAACCCCGUGUGGACGGCCGGGACUGUGGGUGGGCGGCCUCCGAGGGCCCCGCAGGGCUGAGUGCUGCUGUCCGUGGGACCAGGGGAGGCGUGUCCUGCAGGCGGCACAGAGCGCCCUGUGUCCAGCAGAGGGCCCUGCCCUGUCCUGCCUGGCUGCCGCGGGCAGAGGGAUGGGGGAGGGGGUGACCACUGGAGCCGGCUGGCGACGCCAGACGCCCGGUGGGGGCGGGCCCGGCAGCCAGCUGCCCAUCGAGUCGGGCCCGCACUCGGCCCGGCCUCGCCUCUGCGUGCGGGCAGCCGCACUGCUCAUCCGGCCAUGCAGUGGCUAUGGCCGCUGGGCAUCUCCCUCGCCGUGGCGCUGGCAGCCGGGCCCGAAAGGGCCCCUGGGGGGGUCCGCCUGCACCAGGGUGGGCACCAGCCUGUGGCCCAGGAGCAGCCGGACCGGUCCAGGCAAGGAGCUGAGUGGGAGGAUGCCAAGGGGUUGCAGCAGUACGUGCCCGAGGGGUGGGCUGAGUACCCCCGGCCCAUCCGCCCAGCCACCCCACAGCCCACCCAGCCCCGGGUGGCCGCCAGCCCCUCCCCGGACCAGGUCAGGGCCGCUGGGGGCAGUGGGCAGGAGCCCCGGGGCAACGUGACGGGGACGCCCGGCCAGCGCCUGCAGGUGCAGAACCCCCUCUACCCGGUGACCGAGCGCUCCUACGGGGCCUACGCCGUCCUGCUGCUGGCCCUGGUGCUGUUCGCCGUGGGCAUCGUGGGCAGCCUGGCGGUCAUGUGCAUCGUGUGGCACAGCUAUUACCUGAAAAGCGCCUGGAACUCCAUCCUGGCCAGCCUGGCGCUCUGGGACUUCCUGGUCCUCUUCUUCUGCCUCCCUGUCGUCACCUUCCACGAGAUCACCAAGCAGAGGCUGCUUGGCGCGGUGUCCUGCAGAGCGGUGCCCUUCGUGGAGGUCUCCUCCCUGGGCGUCACCACCUUCAGCCUCUGUGCCUUGGGCAUCGAUCGCUUCCACGUGGCCACCAGCACCCUGCCCAAGGCCAGGCCCAUCGAGCCGUGCCCGUCCAUCCUGGCCAAGCUGGCGGUCAUCUGGGUGGGCUCCAUGACGCUGGCGGCGCCCGAGCUCCUGCUGUGGCAGCUGGUGCGGGAGCCCAGCGCUGCCGCGGGCACCGUGGAUGCGUGCGUCAUGAAGCCCUCAGCCCACCUGCCCGAGUCGCUCUACUCACUGGUCCUGACCUACCAGAACGCCCGCAUGUGGUGGUCCUUUGGCUGCUACUUCUGCCUGCCCGUGCUCUUCACCGUCACCUGCCAACUGGUGACGUGGCGGGUGCGGGGCCCGCCGGGCAGGAAGCCCGAGAGCCGGCCAGGCCCGCAGGAGCCACCGGGGGGCCGGCCCAGCAGCACCGUGGCGGGCCUGGCCGCUGUGCACGCCCUCUGCGCCCUCCCCGAGAACGUGUGCAACGUCGUGGCCGCCUACCUGUCGGCCGCGCUCACGCGCCAGACCCUGGAGCUGCUGGGCCUGGUCACACAGUUCUCCACCUUCUUCAAGGCGGCCGUCACGCCGCUGCUGCUCCUGUGCGUGAGCCGCCCGCUGGGCCGCGCCUUCCUGGACUGCUGCUGCUGCUGCUGCAGCGAGGGCUGCGGCCGGCCGGCGGACCCCAGCGGCCCCCGCGCCAAGCUGCACACAGAGCUGUCUGCCUCCGGCUACUUCCACAAGCCCCGCGAGGCGCCGCCGCUCCUGGCCCUGGGCACGCCCUGCUGAGGCCCGGCCGGCCCGCGGCGGGGGAGCUCUGCCCAGAGGUGGGCUCGGCUCCCCGGGCUGCAGUCCAGGCCUGCCGGAGCCCCUCCCUGCUGCGCCGGGGCCUGCCCACCCAUGCUCCCGCCAGGGCAGUGGUCCUCCAGGUCCUCAGAGCUGCUCUGAAACUCUCCGGAACCUCGCCUGGCCCCUGCCCCCCUCUGCAAUCUGGAGCCUGACCGCACUGCCCGUGUGCCCCUCUCUGCACCGCCCCCCCCCCAGGACCGGGCUCCUUCCUGGGCACGGCCGGCCCCACACUGCAUGCUGCCUUCGGGUGCCGUACCCCCCGGGAGGACUUGUCUCUCCGUCCUCCUCCUCUGAUGUACCCCGGUUGGCCUGUCUCCCCCGCCCCCCCCCCCCCCCCCCCCCGCUCAGGUGCUCCCCGGUAGAAGGCCCUUCUUGGAAAACAAUAAACUAGGUAGAACCA